AUGUUGCGUGCUAUUCUCUAUGGUGCACGAGAUUGUCCUGCAUAUCAACACCAUAGUAAACCUACUUCAAGUCUAUACUUUUCUACGUGGUGUUCUUAUGCUUGCAACUACUAUCCUCUCGUUGCAUCUCACCAUCAUGCACUUUAGAUACUAUACUAAGCCUCAGUUUCAGCGUCCGAUAACUAGGAUUCUAUUGAUGGUCCCAUUGUAUUCUAUAUGUUCGUUGCUUUCGUUUUGGUCUGUGAAAUGGGCUGUCUAUAUUAAUGUUGUUCGGGAUUGCUACGAAGGAUUUGUCGUCUACAACUUCUUUACACUUUGUUUAGAGUAUCUCGGCCCAACGGAACACGUCCGUUUGCAGGUGCUUGCGACAAAGCAAUCUCGCCGAUUUCCUCCUCCUGCUUGCUGUUUAACCCACAGUCCCAGCCAUUUUUAUUUUCUUGGUUUUUGUAAACUAGGAAUUUUGCAAUAUGUAUAUAUCAGAAUUAUCACAACGUUGGCCUCCUUGGCCAUGGAAAUAGGAAAGGUCUACUGUUCUGAAUCCAUGUCUCCAUAUUUUGGUCACAUGUAUACUACAGUCUUCAACUCUAUAUCUGUCGGAUUGGCUAUGUUUACGCUGAUUUCAUUUUAUCUACCAAUUCGACAUGAUAUAUCGCAUUACAACCUCGUUGGUCAAUUUUUAUCCAUCAAGUUUGUCAUUUUUUUUCAAUUCUGGCUUGGGAUCACCAUUAAGCUUCUUGCAAACAGCGGCACAAUUCACGCAACAGAUGAUUGGACAGUUGGUGAACUGUCCACUCUUAUUCAGAGCUUUGUCGUUAUUGUUGAAAUGAUGAUUGCUUCUAUUCUUCACCUCUGGGCAUUCAAUUAUAAAAUAUUUGUUCCAGAAGACAAAUCGGUAACACCCAUUGCUAAAGGAGCCUGGGAUAGCUUUUACUGGUUGGAUUUAUGGCAUGAUACCAUCCGCAUAUAUGGGUUUUUGUAUUAUACUGUUUUUUUAUCUGGAUCCCCAAAUGGAGAAAAUGACUCGCAUACAUCAUCCGCUACUCCUCUAUACGAGCGACUAUCUAUUGAAAGCGAAGCAGACAGUAUAGACUCUUUGAAUGCUGAGCGUGCUUUUCUUAUUAGGGACUAAAUGUUAUAGUAAUAAUUAAAUGAAUGCUUUAUUCU